GGCGAUGCUCAAAAGUUAGUUAGAAAGCAAGCUUGCCGGGAUAAAUACGCGCUGAACCAUGGAGCAAACCGAAGUGAUGAAACCAGAAACUCUUGAUGAUCUGAUCAAAGUUUUGCAUAAAAUCUUUGAAAGUGACAAUAUCAAUGUGGAGGAGGUGCAAAAUAUAAUGGAAGCAUAUGACAGCAAUCCACAGGAAUGGAUGAAAUUUGCAAAAUUCGACCAGUUCAGGUACACAAGGAACCUGGUGGAUGAAGGGAAUGGAAAGUUCAACCUCAUGAUACUUUGUUGGGGAGAGGGUCACGGCAGCAGUAUCCAUGACCACACAGACUCCCACUGUUUCAUGAAGUUGCUGCAAGGCCAGCUGAAGGAGACGCUUUUUGAAUGGCCCGAUAAAAAAACAUGCAACAUGGUUCAGAAAUCUCAGAGAAUCCUGCAAACAAACCAGUGUGCCUACAUCAAUGAUUCCUUUGGGCUGCACAGAGUAGAGAACGCCAGCCACACAGAAUGUUCAGCCAGUUUGCACCUGUACAGUCCCCCCUUCAAGACCUGCCAGACCUUUGACCAGCGGACUGGACACAAGAACACUGUCAAGAUGACGUUCUGGAGCAAAUUUGGAGAGAGGACUCCAUUUGAAACCACAGUCUCACAAGAAAAUAACUAAGAAGCUGAAGACAUUUGCGUUUGGAAUGACAAUGUUGUAAAUUCAGUCAACAUGACACGGCAAAGAAGCAAAAUGCGGACCUACAACUAAACAACCGUUUAUAUUGGAGCGGACAUUUCAAAAGGACAUGUGGGUAGUUAGAAUGGCUUUAUCACUGCCCAGUGUGAGCUUGGCAAAAACUGAUGAGCACAGGAUGAAUGCAUGAAUAGGCUCAGCCAUGGAUUGAAUCUGCUCUUUGUUUGGUAGGCCUGAGGAGACCCCUUCCCAAUAACAGCAUUCCUAUGUGUCUAUGACCUCUGUAACCACACUUUUGGACUGUUACGGCGGACGGUUGAAGUGUAUAAUGUAUGAGUGGAAAUAGGUUGUCUAUUCAAUCACAUAAAGUGAUGAUCUAAAAUCAUUCUGUGAUCAACAGUUUUACACUCAAUGGAGCACUUUUAUUGCGGUAUAGAUUUUUACACAAAAUGAUCUUAACACUUGUCAAAAUAGUGAUGUAACAUGAAAUAGUUUGUAAAGUCAAAUUAGAGCAUUUGGCAAAGGUAAAGCUUUAUAAAUGUAUUGGAAAAUACGAUGCCUGUAAUUUAUAUUUGCUGUGUUCAGUUUUUGGGGUACGAGAAGGGGUGAUAAUUGGUAUUAGCUAUUUCAGUGUCAUUCUUGAAUGUGUUUCAUUGGUUUUCAGCCUAUGUAUUAGGAGACCAGUCAAGGAGAGUCUGGACUUUAGGGGCAGGGUUGUAUCAUAAUAAAGGCAAUGCUCUCACUUUUUCUCAGGAUUUUGCCUGUUGUUUUAAUUGUAGAUGUAUUUAUAUAGGUUACAACAUAGUGCCACAAUAGCAUUGUCGGUUAAAGAGAUUCUACAGUACUUUUGUAUACUUUUUAGCCAAUAGUUCUGAAAGUAGAGCUCACGAGCCAAAAGUGGUCCCCGGAAAAUGUGUACUAUUUCACAUGUGCAGAUAUGUGCACCACGUCAUUGCUCUCGCUUUGCUGUGUGGGCAACUUGCUGGCUGUCACUCAAAUGGCAAGGGGCUGAAGCUCAUUGGCAAUAACUCGAAUUGCUAAGGGGCUGGCCCAUGGGGAAAAUGUUGGGAUUUCGUAGCUAAUUGAGGUCAGACAGUAAUUCUGCUCAUAGAUUAUGCAUGUAUGAACUAAACAUUGACACAUCCAGCCCAAAUCUGGAGGCUUAAAUAAUUAGUAGUUGCCAAAAUUACACAACUUUAAAAUGCAUGAAAGAAUAUAUUGUGAAUGAUAAGCUUUGCUUUGACUGUUGACCAUUAAACAUUACAUAUGUCAUGAGAAA